AUGUCCAGCGGAAAGAAGCCACAAGGCGCAGGCGACGACUAUGUCCUCCUGGAAUCAUCAGACGGCUACACUUUUGUAGUGUCCCGUAAAAUCGCAUGCGCCAGUAGCAUGCUGAAGAACAUGCUUGAUGAGGAUGCUGCAUUCUCUGAGGCGACGAACAAGGCUUGCAAGAUUCAGCAAAGAGGAUGUAUACUACUCAAAGUGAUCGAGUAUCUGGCAUACAAGGUCCAGUACCAAGAGUUCAAUGCGGAAGAUGUCCAAGAAGAUUUCCAAGAUCGAAUAGAUCCGUACAUUGCGCUGGAACUCUUGACUGCUGCCGACUACUUGGAUUGUUGA